AUGUCGGCGUUCGGCACUCCGUGUAUGCUGCUGACAAAUUACGUGAUAAUCCACUAUGCGGCGCAAUGUCUCAUCCAGAUAGAUUAUUUUGAGCCAGGAGCCACGAAAUCGGGUAUCUACUAUGUUUUCUUCAGUAUUCGUUCUGCUUGUGUCUCUGGUUGCAUGGUCGCCCUGAUGUUUGUGCCUGGCGCAGUAUACGUUACGGUGGGUAUAGGUAUUCUGUUUAAGCUCGAUAAGCUGACGGGCCCCGCUUUGGCACAUGGGUUCCCGAAUAAGUAG